AUGGAUCCUCUGUCCAUAACGGCCAGCAUUUGCGCUAUUUUGCAGCUCACUUCAACGCUCACAAGCUACAUCAACGACGCUAAAAAUACUACAAAAGAGCAAGCUCAGUUAGCGAUCGAAGCCAGCAAUCUCUACACGUUAUUGACGACUCUGCGAUUUCGAGUAAACGAAGCCCGAUCUGACGACCCCUGGCUCAAUCAAAUACGGUUACUGGGAAUGAAAAAUGGCCCGUUGGACCAGUUCAAAGAUAUCCUCGAGACAAUGGUGGAACAAGCAUCAUCAUUCAGGAAAAGAGACCAGAUCAAGUCCGCGGUGUUAUGGAAGUUCACCAGACAAAAUGUGGAAAAUACGUUGGCGCGAAUGGAGCGGUUGAAAUUACUGGCCAAUUGUGCCUUGACAAAUGACUUAACGACGCUGUCGAAGGCUAUUCAAGGUGACGUUGUCGCCAUAAGGGAACAGAACAAGCGACUUCAGAGUCGCACGGACGCGAUUCAUGACGACGUCAUCAUUGAGCAGCGGAAUCGAUUGUCACAAUGGUUGAGGCUACCGGAUCCAUCGACCAAUUACCACACGGCACUUCAAAAGCGCCACCCUGAGACUGGGCUAUGGCUGCUCAAUGGUCAAGAUUUCCGCGACUGGAAAAGCUCGACAUCUUUGAUGUGGCUUCACGGGAAUGCGGGCUGUGGUAAGACCCUUCUCAGUGCCGCCGCGCUACAGCAUAUUCUAGAGCAUCAGCAGUCUCACCCCGACAUCAUCAUGGUGAGCUAUUUCUACUUUGACUUUAAUGAUACCGAGAAGCAGUCCUGGCAAAACGCUGUCCGGUCAUUGCUGUUCCAGCUUGCUCUUCAGUGCAGCGAUAUUCUUCAGGAUCUUGAAAAGCUUUACCAAAAUUGCGGGAAAGGACAGUGGCCGACUUCUGGAUCCGCCAUACAGUCACUAUAUAGAGAGGUAGUGGCUCGUCCCGGACAGAAGUAUAUCAUGUUAGAUGCCCUAGAUGAAUGUACAGACCGGAAAGAAUCGUUGAUCUUUCUCCGCGAGAUGAUGAACUCAACACCAGACGACCUCCAUGUCUUGGCCACCAGCCGCCCGGAAAAGGACAUCGAAGACAAAUUGAGCUCAAUUACCACCCACAAUAUUAAUGUUCAAAGUGCCCUGGUUAAUGGCGACAUAUGUGUUUACAUUUGUGAUCGGGUGGCGACAGACGAAACGCUAAGGAAGUGGCCAUCAUCCGUGCAGGAUGAAAUCGCGACUAAACUAAUAAAACAUGCUGGUGGCAUGUUUCGAUGGGUGGAUUGUCAGUUUGAUUCUAUUCAACAAUGUGUCAAGUUGAGCACCCUCAGAAAGACGCUGUCAUCCCUGCCAAAGACCCUAGACGAGACGUAUGACCGGAUCUUGCAAACUCUCGAACCGACCCCUCAUUUUCAAGAUGCUGUCAAAGCUCUGCGAUGGCUAUGUUUCUCGGAGCGUCCUUUACAAUUAGCAGAAAUGGCCGAAGUUCUUGCGAUAGAAAAUGGGAAUGAGGGUGGAUUCUUCCCGGAGGAACGUCUCCCCGAUCCGAGAGAUGUGAUGGUUAUCUGUUCGAGUCUAAUCACCUUAAAUUCCAUCGAAAAUGAGGAAGAUAAGAACCACGCUCAGGAUAGCGGUGUUGAAAAUCGUUGCCACAUCCGAAUUCAGCUCGCACACUUCUCUGUCAAGGAGUUCCUCUUAUCUGAUCGGUGUGGCUUUGGAUUGGAUUUUCGACCCCAAAUAUGCCACCUUAUGAUUGCGGAGGGUUGUCUGCAUUAUUUGCUACACCUUAGUCAGAACAAACCCCUAGCUGAAGAGGUCAUCAAGGAGUAUCCGCUGGCCUCAUACGCAGCGAAGCAUUGGUGGCAGCAUGUACAAAAUAUUGGAGGUAUGCUAAACGACACCUUGUUAGAUCUCGUGUUAUGUCUCUUAACCGAUGAGGAUACGACUCUGCAUUCGUGGAUACAGCUUUACGAAAUUGAUAGACCAUGGAGAGGAUCACAGUUAUGCCUAAGGUCUAAUGAAAUUGCUCAGCCUCUCUACUAUGCGGCAUAUAUAGGCGUACCGGAAAUUGUCGAGAGGAUAAUAAAACGAAAUGUCGAUGUCAAUGCUCAAGGAGGAGAGUAUGGCAAUGCCCUGCAGGCCGCAUCAGCUGGUGGCCAUGACAAUGUGGUGAAGAUGCUGGUGGAAGCCGGAGCAGAUGUCAAUGUUCAAGGAGGAUCAUAUGGCAAUGCACUGCAUGCAGCAUCAGAAGGUGGCUAUGAGACAGUGGUGAAGACGCUGAUAGAUGCUGGGGCCGAUGUCAAUGCUCAAGGAGGACGCUAUGCACUGCGGGCCGCAUCAAAAGGUGGCCAUGACAAAGUGGUGAAGAUGCUGAUAAGUGCUGGAGGGGAUGUCAAUGCUCAAGGAGGAGAGUAUGGCAAUGCACUGCAUGCGGCAUUAGAAGGUGGCUAUGAGAUAGUGGUGAAGAUGCUGAUAGACGCUGGGGCCGAUGUCAACGCUCGAAAAGGAUUCUAUGGCAAUGCACUGCAGGGCGCAGCAGUUCGUGGCCAUGACAAGGUGGUGAAGAUGCUGCUAGAUGCUGGGGCCGAUGUUAAUGCUCAAGGAGGAUACUAUGGCAAUGCACUGUAUGCAGCAUCAGGAUGUGGUUGUGACAAGGCGGUGAAGAUGCUGGUGGAAGCCGGAGCAGAUGUCAAUGCUCAAGGAGGACGCUAUGGCAAUGCACUGCAGGGCGCAACAGUUCGUGGCCAUGACAAGGUGAUGAAGAUGCUGAUAGAUGCUGGGGCCGAUGUCAAUGCUCAAGGAGGAUACUAUGGCAAUGCACUGUAUGCAGCAUCAAAAGGUGGCCGCGACAAGGUGGUGAAGACGCUGAUAGAUGCUGGGGCCGAUGUCAAUGCUCAAGGAGGAUACUAUGGCAAUGCACUGUAUGCAGCAUUAGAAGGUGGCUAUGAGACAGUGGUGAAGAUGCUGAUAGAUGCCGGGGGCAGAUGCUAA